AUGUCUGGCAACUCUCGAAACAUGGGCCAGAUGAAACGCGACCCGGAACUCGUGGACAGUGUCAUGGGAUCUGCCAAAGCUUGCACAAACAUCUCGGAGAACCUCGACUACCUCAAGCAAACCACAGCUGGAUGCCUCAGUGAACCUCUGGGCCUUCUUGAGACCGAGUUUUUUCGGAUGGGUCUAUCAUACACGCUUGUAGGAGACUGCAUGAGAAAGCCCAAACCAAUCUGGAACCAGAAUAUCACGCUCUCCAUCAAGUUCACACGGGACCAAUGUCAACAGAUUGCUGAAGAGACGUCAGCCAUUCUCAAAGAGCACGGACCGUGGACCGUGAGAGCUACAAGUGGCUCCUGCUAUCGUCUUAAUGUACUCGCCAAGCGCAUGGGACUGUACAGCAUGUACAACGAAUUGUUUACCAGGACUUUGAAACUUGUUGAGCCUCCUGAAGAGCCUGCCCGACAUGGACUACCUGUUUGUUGUCCAGAUUCCACAUCAAGUCAUUAUGCAAGGCAGGAACGAGCAGCUGCCUCUGCACGUCAGAGAAUGAAGAAGGGCGUCUGUUCUAGCUCUUUCACCGAGGUGGAACAAGCUUUGGAAUGGACAAAGAAGUGUUCGAAGGCGCUGCGGGACAUUCAAAUCACAGAAGCAUCGCCUCAGAGAUCAGACAUAUCAGAACAUUCAAUUAUGGACGACUGGUCGACAACCCAAUCGACCACAGGUAUCAUGACUCCAAGCGAAGACUGGAGUGAUCUGGGCAGCGAUACCACAGAGAUCGGUCACGCCCCUGCCAUUACCAGACACAGUUUGCAGCUUUGCGGAUAUGCUACCGCCAACUUUCUGAGGCUAAUCAACGAACUGCAGAGCCCGUUGACGCACAGAAAUGAUUCGGUUGGUGUUGGCGCCGAGGAUCUUCAGCGCUUGCACAAAGCCUACGAUGAGCUGGUUGUCCUCUUGCUCCAUGCGUUGGAUGCUCCGGUGCCAUCUGAGCUCCAUCUUUCAUACUUCUCCAAUCCUCACCAGGUGGUCAACUAUCACAACUUGAGUCAUGCUGUCAAAGUGACCGGAAACUUCCUGCAUGAUAACAACGAUAUCGAAGAAAGCUUUGGUCAUCUGCCCGGAUCCACACCAGUCGGCAGAGCCGACAUCGAAGCUAUGCACAAAGCGUACGGUUAUCUCGUUGACACAUUGCUCUUGAACUUGGCUGCACCAAUACCAUUCCAGAACGAGAGAUUUGCUCCACGCUCGACACCAGCACCAGUUGCGGCUCUGGCUCUGGCUCAAGUUCCAGCUCCGUUCUCAAUUCCAGCUCAAGAGGUUCCCAGGGCAGUCGUUCACGAUGUCUAG